AUCCUUCGCCGUCUUGUUUCACCCUCCCAAAAUAGCAGCGCCCGCCUGGAAACCUCCUCCGGGACUGGCAGGGCGAUGGGUGCCCUGAGCCUCACGGGGCUCUUCCCCAUCCCCGAGCCCCAGGGGUGGGGUGGCUGUGGGGCGCCACAGCCGAGACACGGGAGCAGCCCCGCUGCUGGGACCGCCGAGCCCCGAACCCCCGCAGGAAAGGCUCACCCGAGAGCGGUGCCAAAAGGGCUCAGCCGUCAGCUGACAUUCCUCCGGGAGGCCCCUCUGCCCCCCGCCUGGGGCUGCUCGGCUGCGGUUACGGCUCGGGGUGAUGCUGCUCCGGCACGGCGUGCUGCGACCCCGGCGCCCGACUGAGCUGAGACCCCCCCCCAACUCAUUACACCGGUGCUCCGAGUGGGCUCUGUGCUCGCUUCCACCCGGCGCUCGGUCCUCCCGCUGGGGGGGACGGUCCCCGCUCCUCUCCACCUGCUCCCCCGCCCCCGUGCUGCGGGUGCCCGGUGCGGCGAGGCAGGUCCCGGCCGGCCCCGGGUGCGCUCCCCGGGCAGCGGCCGCACCUCGGGGAGGGGCCGGGCAGGCGCGCGCGGUGCCGCGGGCUCGGGGCUCGCCGGCACGGCACGGCACGGCACGGCACGGCACGGCACGGCACGGCGGAGCGGUGGGGGCACGGGGCGCUGGAGCCGGUGAGCGGGGCCGGGAAGGGUUAAAGGGUCCGUGGAGCCCCGCUUGGCACCCACCUGCCGUGCAGGAUGGGUGCUGCGGUGCCAGCAGCCGCCUGCGUCCUGUUGGCUCUGCUGCCCAUGGGCCGUGCCCAGAACACCCCUCCAUCAGGAUGCGGCCAGGACCUCUCCUCACUCUACUACAACCUCUGUGACCUGUCGGCAGCAUGGGGCAUCGUGCUGGAGGCCGCGGCCAGCCUGGGUGCCGUGACCAGCUUCGUGCUCACCAUCGUGCUGGUGGCCAGCCUGCCCUUCGUGCAGGACCCCCAGAAGAAGAGCCUGGUGGCCACUCAGGCCUUCUUCUUGCUGGGCACCUUCGGGCUCUUCUGCCUGACGUUUGACUUCAUCGUGGGGCCAGAUUUCUCCACCUGCACCUCUCGCCGCUUUCUCUUCGGUGUCCUCUUUGCGCUCUGUUUCUCCUGCCUGCUGGCGCACGCCGUGGCCCUCAACUUCUUGGCACGGAGGAACCGUGGCCCACGAGGCUGGGUGACACUGGCGGUGGCUCUGCUCCUGGCACUGGUGGAGGUCAUCAUCAACGCCGAGUGGCUCAUCAUCACGGUGGCCCGGCAGGAGCGCGGACCCGUGGACCCCUGCGAGCUGGCGGAUGCUGAUUUUGUCAUGGCUCUCAUCUAUGUCAUGGUGCUGCUGGUGGCCGCCUUCGGCACCGCCUGGCCGGCCCUCUGCGGCCGCUACACGCGCUGGAGGAAGCACGGCGCCUUCAUCUUGGCCACCUCCGGGCUCUCCAUGGCUAUCUGGGUGGCAUGGACGGCCAUGUACCUCUACGGGAACCAACACGUGGGCAAGAAGCCCAUUUGGGAUGACCCCACGUUGGCCAUCGCUUUGGUGUCCAACGCCUACGCCUUCAUCCUCCUCUACGUCAUCCCCGAGGUGACGCACGUGACGCGGCGCAGUUCUGAGCAAGGCUACGAGGACGACGUGUACCCCACGCGUGGGGUGGGCUACGAGACCAUCCUGAAGGAGCAGAAGUCGCAGAGCAUGUUUGUGGAGAACAAAGCCUUCUCCAUGGACGAGCCCUCCUUCGCCAAGAAGCCUGUGUCCCCGUACAGCGGCUACAACGGGCAGCUGCUGACCAGCGUCUACCAGCCCACAGAGAUGGCUCUGAUGCACAAGGGGACGAGUGAAGGUCCCUACGAUGUGAUCCUGCCCCGUGCCACUGCUGCCAGCAGUGCCAGCUCCACACUGCGAGCCGAGGAUGCCUUUGCCGUGCAGGCCCGGCAUGCUGCAGCCCAGCGGGAUGCUCGGGGCAGCCAGGUGCUGUCCCCAUACAGCAGGAACCGGUGGUGAAGCCCAGGUCCUACAGCACUGGCGCAGCUGUGACCCUACCACGCCUCCCUGCCUAGUGCAUCUGACCCCGUUGGAGCCGGUUCCUGAGCUGGGAACAUCGGGAUGUGGGCCUGUACCAUGCUGCCUGCUCUGCCCAGCUCCCCACUGCCACCCCACGCUGUCCCAACACUGCCUUCACCGUGCAUGGACGCCAUGUCCCCUCCAGGCUGGGGACGUUGUGCUGCUGGACAGCCAGCAGCAGGAGAAUGCCUGCCCAGGGCUGCACCUCAUGAACCUCGCCAAGUGCUGAGCCCAGACCAGGGCGCUGCACCCCAAGCCAUCCCCAGUUCUCCCAACCCUCCUGAUGUGCCUCACUCCCCCCGGGAGCGGGAGGAACAUGGGGGUGCUUUGGGCCUCAGCACACAGUCGCCUCUCCCCGUGGCUCUGACCACCUUAUCUGUGCCUUGUCCCAGUCUCCGUGCCAGGGCUUGAGGAUCACAUUCAGGACACUGGGGUGGAGCUGUGCCCCCUCCUUCCUCCAUUCCUCCCCCCUUUUUCAGGUCAGACCCAAUAAAGGUGAGUUUUCCUA